GCCCACGUGACCCGGUGACGUCCAAUCGUGUGCGGAGGAGGUAAAGAGUGGCGCGUUCUCGUGGCGGCUGGAAAGGACAGGCAGUUGUUGAGAGCGCAUCUUGUAUAAAUUCAUCAAACUCAUUUUUUUGGCAAAAUGUCUGAGGAUAAGCCCAAGGAGGGAGUGAAGACAGAGAAUGACCACAUCAACCUGAAGGUGGCUGGUCAGGACGGCUCUGUGGUCCAGUUUAAAAUUAAGAGGCACACACCGCUCAGCAAGUUAAUGAAAGCGUACUGUGAAAGACAGGGGUUGUCGAUAAGACAGAUUAGGUUUAGGUUUGAUGGACAGCCGAUAAACGAGACGGAUACACCGGCACAGUUGGAGAUGGAAGACGAGGACACUAUCGACGUAUUUCAACAACAAACAGGCGGCCAUCGCUAAAUGCUCUCCUCCACACAGCGGAGAUCUCCCUCGGCUGUUUUAUUUGACUCGAUUCCCAUGUUUAACUGUGCUGUUUAUUUACUCCUUUAUGUCAUGUUGGUUUGGAUGUCCUCCCUAGUUUUCAUAGGGUUGGGCUCUUAUUCUCUUUUUUUCCCUUUCUUUUCCCUCCCCCAAUAUUUAAAGAUACAUGAGGUAACGUGUGGCUAAGAGGCAAAUCCAAGAUGGCUGCCGUAAGGUUCAAAAUGGCUGCCGCUGUAUGAACAGAGAGCCCAUUUUCUUGAGAAAGCCAAGCCCUGAGUUUCCUGACCUGAUAAAUAAAAUGGUCCUUUUCCAUCAGUUUGAAACCUGCCAAAUUAUGAGGAGACCAGAUUUUGUUUUUUGUUUUUCUUUGUUUUUUUUCUUCCUCUGUCUUGUGCAGCUUUAAUUCUAUUUUUAAUCCGUCAUGUUUGUUAGCAGAAAGGACGCCCAUCCAGCUUUAUUUGGUCCAAGUGCAGAAAUCUUUGGUCUCUUUUCGGACCAAGCCCCAAAUAUGUCCUAGAUUAGUCCAGGUUUUUAUUAUAAAUAUCCCAAGUCCCUAUUUUUCCCCGUCAUCUUGUCUUUCAGAGGCAACAAGUUGUCACUCUCUGCUCUGUGAUGGACGCCCAUCACCCCGAAGAGGCAUAGUCUUAUUUGUCCCAGUACAGUCUGGCGUCCAUAAGGGUUGGGACUGAAUCAGUGUCCAUGUCGUCUUUUUUUUUUUUUUUUCUUUUUUUUUUUCUUCUGUACUGAUUUGUACAUUAUUUGUCGUCCUUUACUACUGUAUACAAUAAAUAUAGUUUGGUACUCAGA